GCGUUAAAUGAAUUUAAACCAAAACCAAAUUUUUUUUUUAACCAAAACAAAUACAAUCAAUUCAUUCGAUACACAAGUAAAAAAAAAAAUCAAGAAAACUCUAAGCAAUCAAUAUCGGGUAUUGUUGUUGUGUUCGCAGGCUCAAAGGCCUGGCACAUGCGUCUCACGUUCGAGCGACUAUCCGGCGGUUGCAAUUUACAUCGGUGCAAAUUGUGCGGAAAAGUGGUCACACACAUACGCAAUCACUAUCACGUGCAUUUUCCGGGGCGAUUUGAAUGUCCAUUGUGCCGUGCCACCUACACACGAAGUGAUAAUUUACGCACACAUUGCAAAUUCAAGCAUCCAAUGUACAAUCCAGAUACGCGUAAAUUUGAGAAUUUAAUGGGCAACACCGGUGGUAUGGACACAGCGACAACACCAUUGGCAGCGGCAGUGGCCGAUUCACGGAAAUUCGAAAGUUUAAUGGGAUCAUCGAUAGCAUCGCACGUUGCAGCUGCAGCAGCGGCCGCCGCUGCAGCCGCAGCCGGUACAUUCAGUGUGUCACAACCACAGAGUGGACCAUCCGAAUGAUACAAUCAACAACAACAACAACAACAACCGCAACUGCAGCAACAUCACAUAGACUACCGGAUCAAUGAAACACUUUCGGUUAUCGGAAAAUCCCAUCAAUGUUUUGGGUAUGCGUGGAAGUAUAAUUAGAUCAAUUUUAUACAUACAUUUUUUUUAACAAAAA